GGCUGCUCUAUUGUUUCCACUUUUUCUAGUCUCCAUUUUAGAGAGAGAGAAAGAGCUGAGUUGGAGAGAUUUUUAUAGAGAAGAGCUUCUCUCUCUAUUCUCUCAGGUUGAAGAACAAUGGGUGCAGGUGGCCGAAUGUCUGUGCCCCCCACUCACAAGAAAUCCGAAGCUGAAAGUCUUAAGCGAGUUCCACACUCAAAACCCCCAUUUACCCUUGGCCAGAUCAAGAAAGCCAUCCCUCCUCAUUGUUUCCAGCGUUCUGUUCUCCGCUCUUUCUCCUAUGUUGUUUAUGACCUUGCUAUAGCCUUUGUCUUCUAUUACAUUGCUACCAAUUAUUUCCAUCACCUUCCUAAACCUCUCUCUUCCCUGGCUUGGCUAAUUUAUGGGUUUGUCCAAGGUUGUGUCCUAACUGGUGUUUGGGUCAUAGCCCACGAGUGUGGCCACCAUGCGUUUAGUGACUACCAAUGGCUCGAUGACACCGUGGGUCUAAUCCUCCACUCCUGUCUUCUUGUCCCUUACUUCUCCUGGAAGUAUAGCCAUGGCCGCCACCAUUCUAAUACAGGUUCCAUUGAGAGGGAUGAAGUCUUUGUCCCCAAGCAAAAAUCCAGUAUCCCAUGGUACUCCAAAUACCUUAACAAUCCACCAGGCCGACUCAUCACACUUUUCAUCACGCUCACUCUAGGCUGGCCUCUUUACCUCGCAUUCAACGUUUCGGGCAGGCCCUAUGAUCGGUUUGCAAGCCACUAUGACCCUUAUGGUCCCAUCUACUCAGAUCGUCAACGGCUCCAAAUAUUCAUUUCUGACGCUGGUAUUAUUGCUGUCUUUUAUGGGCUUUACCGGCUUGCCAUGGCAAAAGGACUUGCUUGGGUCUUAUGUACCUAUGGAGGACCGCUGUUGGUUGUAAAUGGAUUUUUGGUGUUGAUCACAUUUUUGCAGCACACUCACCCUUCAUUACCUCAUUAUGAUUCUUCUGAGUGGGACUGGUUGAGGGGAGCUUUGGCCACUGUUGAUCGAGAUUAUGGAAUUUUGAACAAGGUUUUCCAUAACAUCACAGAUACUCAUGUGGCACACCAUUUGUUCUCAACAAUGCCACAUUAUCAUGCAAUGGAAGCUACAAAGGCAAUUAAGCCAAUUUUGGGAGAGUAUUAUCAAUUCGAUGGGACACCAGUUUACAAGGCAACAUGGAGGGAGGCAAAGGAGUGUGUUUAUGUUGAACCUGAUGAAGCUGACCAGAGCAAGGGUGUCUUCUGGUACAACAAUAAGCUGUGACGAUCUCAACUGGCAAAAUGUUGGUCGGGAAGGUCUCAGAUUCUGGUUAAUUUAGGUUGUUCGCUUGCCUUGAAUUGGACCUCUAGUAUUAGUUGUGCUUUUCAAUAAUUAUGUUGAACCCCUAUCAUGGCAGAAUCGAACACAAUCUUAUUUAAUGACUGAAUGUUUGUUUUGUCUGAAUGGUUUGCUUGUUUAUUGAAUAAUGAGCAGAGAGGCAGUUCAUUUACACUAAUUUG